AUGUCUCUUUCGGGUACGAUUUAUAAUUCAAUUUUCAAAAGAACCUCCACAUUUGCCUUGGCAUGUGUGGGAGCAACGUUUUUCUUUGAGAGGACGUUUGAUUUAGGUUCGGAAUAUCUGUUUGAUAAACUCAAUGAAGGGAAAUUAUGGAAACACAUUAAACACAACUAUGAACAGUAAUCUAUGUUAAUAUUUAUUUAAAUAAAGUAGUUAUUCAGUAA